AUGUCAGAAGCAGGCACGCAUCUGGGUAAUCUAUGUAGUGCGCGAAAACACGCUCCUUGCCCAAGUCUGAGGGGGCCAAAGAUCUUUCAAAGAGAAAGGCUGCGCUCGUACAACAGCACUCUACAACUCAGUGGUGACUUCCCGAGCGGAAUGGUGGCUGGGAAGCGGAAGCCUCGAAUCUCGAUGAUGCAGCUCCAUAACCAUAUCCCGCAGAUCCGGCGCAGGAAGACUUCCGAGAUAGCACGUCCCCACAGGGACUCAUUUGCGUGA